GGAUCUCUUCUCUGAUUUUCACUUCUUUAAGAAUAUCGAACGUUGGAUACACCUUGCUAUUUGUCUACAAGAUGCUGAAAAUUUCUGAGCAUAAAAGGCCAUUUAUGAUCCUUACUAGAUCUCAUUCUUUGAGCAUGACUAGUUAUUUUGCUCGCCAAGAGUAAGGUUUGAGUGUCAGAAGUUUUCUCUGUGUGCUGGAUUAUUAACAACUUUUUUUAUAUUAGAAAAUUAUUUUCCUUGGUGGAGUUAGACAGCAUUGGUUUACGAAUUUUGUAGUCAAUUAAUAAGGUCUCAUUGGUUUUUUUUCUUAAUCUUCUUCGUUUCUCUCAGAAGUUGUACAUUCCAUAGAUUGGGUUGUGGGUAAUUCAGGGCAAUGGUUUUUCAGUUGUUGACAUGUGUUAUUUGUUAAUAAUUGAAAUCAUCAUAAUCAUUUUUUUUUUCUUCACAUGAAAUCGUUGAUCAUUUAAGUGGGAGUGGGAGAUUUAAUUGACUAUUGGCAGAAUAAUGAUCCAUUAUCUUUCCCUUUUUGACCCCUGACAAUCUGUGAAGAUACUAUAAAUGAAGGCAUGUGAGGAAGUAUAAGGUGUAAUGGCAAUGAAGAGGGACAUUUUUUACCUCUCUGGACCUUUACAUUUAACUUAUGUCGACUGGGAUAAUGUGUAUCAUAGAAAGUCAGUUGCUGCUAGUUUAGUCAAAGGUGUUUACGUUCUAGAAAAGGAUCGGCAAGAACGACGUAAAGGUCCCAAUGCUCUAGCACAGCCUUGGUGGGUGUUCUUCCACUUUCAAUUGCUUCGUAUACUUAUUGAUGAUGUUGAUUCUUCCAUCUUUGGUGCAAUCUAUGAGUUCAAGCCUCCAUCAUGUUUGUACAAUGACACAUUACAUAGAAGUCCACGAUAUGUAAUUGCCUUUCGAGGAACUAUAACCAAUGCAGACUCAGUUUCACGUGAUAUUGAGUUGGAUAUCCACUUUGUCCGAAAUGAGCUUCAUCAAUCUUCACGCUAUGAGAUAGCUAUCCAAGCUGUUAGAAACAUGGUGGCUACUGUGGAUUGUUCUAAUAUAUGGUUGGCUGGACACUCUCUAGGAUCAGCAAUGGCAUUGCUUAGUGGGAAAACAAUGGCCAAGACUGGCAUAUUUAUUGAGUCUUUUCUUUUCAACCCUCCAUAUGUAUCUGUUCCAAUUGAGAGAAUUAAGGAUAAGAAAUUGAAACAUGGGCUUCGAAUUGCUGGCAGUGUGAUAACAGCUGGACUUGCUAUUGCUAUGAAGGGUAAGCAGCAGCACAAGAGUUUGUCAUUAGAUUCAUUUGCUGCUUUCUCUGCUUGGGUUCCAUGCUUAUUUGUGAAUCCAUCUGACCCUAUCUGCUCUGAGUAUAUUGGUUACUUUGAACACAGAAGAAAAAUGGAGGAGAUUGGUGGAGGAAGCAUUGAAAAGUUAGCAACUCAAAACUCUCUUGUGUGUCUACUUAUGAGUGCGUUCGGGAAGGAAUCUGAACCCAUGCACCUCAUUCCUUCAGCUUCUCUCACAGUUAAUUUUACUCCUUCGCGGGAUUUCAGAGAAGCUCAUGGGAUUCACCAGUGGUGGAAACCCAACUUACGCCUGGAAUCCAAGUUCUACAAAUACUAAGAGUUCUUCUAGUUAUUGUAAUGUAUUGCUGGAUGUAUAUUGAUUGAGCUAUAUAUGUUGAUUC